AUGACGGCCAAUAAGCAACCCGACGUGUACGUGACUCACGUUUCCACGGAGAGGUUCGAGAUCGAAGAAGAAGCUCGCGUAGCUAAUUCUCAAAAUCCGCCAUCAAGCGGUUUCAGACAGUUCGCGUGUCGAAUUGGAUUGGGUGUUUUAAUUAUGACUAUAUUACUUCUUCUACUAUUCCUGUUCGCCGCACCAAUUGCUUCAGCACCAAAUGAUGGUCCAAACUCGAGUGAAUCAGAAACAUUGUACAAAUGGCCGGGACCAUCGAAUUCAACGCAAAAGAAAUUCGAGAAGGCCGCGAUAACGUGUGAUAACGCGGCGUGCUCUAAAAUUGGAGGGGAUAUUCUCAAUAAGGGCGGAAAUGCGAUCGAAGCGGCUAUCGCUGCCAUGUUUUGUCUCGGCGUCGUGAAUCCGCAAAGUUCGGGAAUUGGCGGCGGAUUUCUCAUGACAUUCUAUAAUGGGCAACAAGGUGAUUGCUAUGCAAUUGAUGCUCGCGAGACAGCGCCGGCGGCUGCUCACAAAAACAUGUUUUUGAAUGAUAGCGACGGCUCGAAAUACGGUUUUAAAGCCGCUGGAAUUCCUGGCGAAAUUGCCGGCUAUUGGCAUUCAUUUACGAAACACGGAUCGGGAAAAGUGAGCUGGAAAGAGCUCGUGACACCCUCGAUCGAACUCGCUUCUAAAGGACAUCCUGUUUCUGAAUUUCUCAGCGAUGUGAUGAAGGUCAAGGAGAGACAUUUCAGAUUGUUCCCAUCAGUGAAGCAUUGGAUCAAUCCGGAAACCAACGACACCUAUAAAACAGGCAAUAUUUUGAAGCGACCGAAACUUGCUGAAACGUUGCAAUUGAUUGCGGAUUCAUCGGAUCCGGUCGAAUUAUUUUAUCAUGGAGAUAUGGCGAAGACGAUUGCGAACGAAUUCAAAGAAGGUGGAGGACUCAUCACUGAGGAGGAUUUAGCAAACUAUAGAGUACGAGAAUAUGCAAACUCGAACUCGAAUGAAAAAUUCCGUGGAUCUCUUUCGAUGUGCGGCGGACCACCGCCAUCCUCUUUCGGUGUUACUCAACUUAUCAUUUCUGUGAUGAGCAAAUUAUUCCCCGAAGGACAUAAGGAUGACAUUUACCAAGAUCCGCUCGUCAUUCAUAAAUAUAUUGAAUCGAUGAAAUUCGCUUAUGCGCAAAGAACAUUGCUCGGCGAUCACGACUACGUUAAAGGCGCAUUGGAAUUGUCGAGAAAUUUGACGACACCGGAAUACACACAAUGGGUUAUUGAUCGGAUGACAGAUAAAGCGCAGCCGUCGAAAAACUAUGGAGGAAUUGCGCAAUAUCAACCCCCCGAUCAUGGAACUUCUCACGUUUCUGUGUUGGACCAAUAUGGAAAUGCCGUUUCCGCAACAACGACUAUUAACAGAUGGUUUGGCGCUGCCGUUGAAUCGACUAAAUACGGAAUUUUGUGGAACGACGAGAUGGAUGACUUCAGCACACCUGGCAUGGAAAAUGGAUUUGGGUUCGCCCCAUCGGAAACCAACUACAUUGCACCUGGAAAACGUCCGAUGAGCUCAAUGAGCCCAUUAGUCAUUUUCAAUUCGGAAAAUAAAAAGGUCCGAAUGGUCAUUGGAGCAUCUGGAGGAGCCAAGAUUAUCUCGUCGCUCUCGAAAGCCGUCGUCCGCAGUUUGAUAUUCAAUGACUCUAUCAAGAAGGCUAUUGAUUCCCUAAUGAUCCACAAUCAAUUCACACCAGACAUUACUCAACUUGACGAUGGAUUCCCCGAAGGAAUGAAAAAGAUUCUAGAGAAGGAGCAUUUGCAGAAAUUCCGAGCCACGAAUGGAUUUGAGGGGGUUAUUCAGGGAAUUGACGUCAAGGAAGACGGGAUCUAUGCUUGCGGAGACUAUCGACGCAAAACCGAACAAAUCCCGCAAGGAUUCUAG